AUGUUCCGGAACCCGCGCCGCGCCGCCCUCCUCCUCGCCGCCGGCGCCGCCGCGGCGGGAGCGGGCGGCCUCCUCGACCGCCGCGACUACGCCACGGACGUCACCGUCUCGGUCUCCACGCCGCUCCGCCAUCUCCUCUCCGCCGCCUCCACGGGGCUCCCCUCCCGCAGCCCUCUCCUAGCUUGCUUUUCAGAAGAUCUUACUGUGUCCGAAUUUGUUUUUGCAGAGGGGUUUCCUAUACUAAAUUCCUUUGCAUCUGCAUCGGAUGCACCCAUUAACGCGAGCAGCCAAGGUUCUGGUGGAAUCUCAGAUGAUUCGAGAUGUGGCCGAGGAUGUCUAGUCAGGGAUUCAAUUCCCAAUGCUGCAGCUGCAGUUGGUCCUGCUGUUGUAAACAUUUCUGUACAAAUUCAUGGAUGGGCGCUAGAGAAGAGCAUUGGAUCAGGAACUAUAAUAGAUCCAGAUAUCCAUAAAUUUCUAAAUUUUUAUCAUACACUCUGCAAGAGAUAG